AAGCUCCUCCCAGGACGCUGCAUCAUUAUUAAAGCCUUCUCCCUUUUUUCGAGCAAGACGUGGAUUCGCAUAAAUACCCUGGGCUUCGGUCAAUGCGGACAGACUGGAAGAAAGAGCGUGGUGAUCUGCGGAUGUAUACCGCUGUUUACAGGGUGCAAGGGCGAAAAACUUAGAACAGAGAUGAAAGCAGAUUAUAUGCGGAAUGCAGCUUGCAGUGAAAUGGAAAAGUUAUCUGCUAGACACUUCCUGUUAAUUGCAAGACCUUGUAAAAUCAUGAAUACAAUUCCAAGAUUGUUGUUGCUACUGCUGCCUCUCCACUUUUGUACUUUAGCCGACACUGGUCUACUUUACAGGGAGAGAAGAGGAACACGCAUCUAUAGAGACCGCUGUGUAGACUCAGAUUCAGCUGCAGUCAGAGAGAUAGGGGAAACUUGGCUACGAUGGCGAGGCCAGAAAGUUGAGUAUUGCCGCUGUGCCUCAAGAGCAAGAGCACGCUGUCACUACAUACCUAUAACUAGUUGCUAUGUAUCCAGAUGCUACAAUGGUGGCACAUGUAAGGAGGCUGUGUACUCCAAUGACUUCAUAUGCCUGUGUCCUCCAGGUUUUACUGGACAACAAUGUGAGAUCAAUUUGAAUGAAAAAUGUGUUAGUGGGCAAGGAUCUGAUUAUCGUGGUACUUGGAGCAUCUCCAGCUCUAGUGCUGGGUGUAUCAAUUGGAACUCAACAUUACUCAAAGGGAAAAAAUUCACAGCCAGGAAACCAGACACAAGAAUCCAUGGACUGGGUAAUCAUAACUACUGCAGAAAUCCAGAUGGGGACUCCAGACCAUGGUGCUAUAUUUUUAAAAAGUCUCAGAUUGAGUGGGAAUUCUGUUCUAUGCCGAACUGUACAGCAGACCCUGAACUGAAGUGUGUACGGGGAUCAGGUCAGACAUAUAGAGGAACUCAAUCAGUCAGUAAAAGCAACUUUAAGUGUCUGCCAUGGGAUUCACCUGCAGUCUACCCCAAGUUUUACACAGCCUGGAGGUCAGAUGCCAGAGAGCUUGGUCUUGGCAGCCACAGCUACUGUAGGAACCCAGACGGUGAUAUUGGCCCCUGGUGUCACAUUUAUAAAGGAGCCCAGCUGACAUGGGAACUCUGUGAUAUCCCCAAAUGCUCAAAGACACCAUCUACCAUCACAACUCUUGGUCCAAGAGCCCCUACAUCCACCAGAGGGGCCUCCUGUGGCCAUCGCUCUGAAAGGCCCUCUAAUUCUCUGCCAGUAUUCAGAAUAUUUGGUGGUCAGGUUAGUGACAUCAGGCAGCACCCAUGGCAAGCAGCAAUUACUGUGUACUCUCCACGUACAAAAUCACACAACUUUCUGUGUGGGGGAGUCUUGAUUGACUCCUGUUGGGUCCUCUCUGCAGCACACUGUUUUCAGGAGGGAUUUGCAGAAAAUCGCCUGACCGUGAUCCUUGGUCGAACCUUUAGGCAACAGAACUCCAGCAGUGAGCAGAUAUUUGAUGUGGAGAAGUAUUUUAUCUACGAACAAUACAACGAUGCAAAUUAUGAUAAUGACAUAGCCCUGUUAAAGCUAAAGAGUACAAUUGGCAUCUGUGCUAUAAAUUCUCCAGAGGUGCUACCUGUCUGUUUACCUAAACCUGGAAUGGUUUUCCCAGAUUGGAUGGAGUGUGAGAUUUCUGGUUACGGCAAAGAAAGAGAAUUCUCUCCCUUUUAUUCUGAGCAAGUAAAACAGGGUCAUGUGCGCCUCUGGCCCCAGGACCAGUGUGUACCAGAGAAAUUCAGUGGGCGUGAAAUAACUCCAAACAUGCUUUGUGCUGGAGACACACGUGGCCUGGACGAUGCUUGUAAGGGUGACUCAGGUGGUCCUCUGGUUUGUGAAAAGGAUAGAGAGAUGACCCUGAUAGGUCUGAUUAGCUGGGGGGAUGGAUGUGGAAAGAAAGACAUGCCAGGUGUUUAUACACGUGUUACAAAGUACACAACCUGGAUUUUCGGAAAGAUGCAAUCAAACUAAUUCACAAAACCCCAGAUACACUGAUUAAAAUGAAUAAUUUGAAAUCAUCUCCUUAUGCUGACAUUAGUACUACUGCACAGACAUUUUGCAUGUAAAAGCUGGCUCUUAAUAUAUUCUCUAAGGGAAGUUGAUGGAAUGGUUGUAGAGAAAAUCAAUUAUUAUUAUCAAUUACUAUGAUUUUAUAAGUUUACUGUUUGCAUUUAUUUUUACAAGACAACCUCAGUACAGUCAUGUAAGGUAAUUGGUGUUUAAAAAUGUACACACACACACACACACACACACACACACACACACACACACACACAUAUAUAUAUAUAUAUAUAUAUAUAUAUAUAGAGAGAGAGAGAGA